UGUUGCUUAGCAAUGCGUAAAAAGAUGAGACUUGCCCAAUAUUUUGCUUGCCAAAUAAUCAUACAAAAGAAUACAUCAAACUUUGCUGUCAAAGCAAAAGUCUGAAGCAAAGCGAAGCCAAAGUUGUAUGUGAAUCAGGCAUUAGAGUAAAAAUGCACAAACCAACUGUGAUAUUUAUCUUGUGUAAAAUGAGCUUAACAAAUGUUAACGGACAUCAUUUAUACAAACAGUUAUAGAACCAGUUACAUCUUUAAAUUUGAAUUACUGAAAUAAAAACUAUGGAGAGAGAAUCGUUCGAUGAUCUUAAUACAAAUUCAAAUUUAAAAUUGCCAAAAGAUGUGGGUUUAUAUUGGAUACACUGCAACCGUUGCUUAGAAUUAUAUAUACGUAAGCGAAGGAGAAUAUUCUUGCUAUCUUGUAAUCAUAUGAUAUGCGAAAAAUGUACAACAACGCUCGCUAUUAAUCAUAUAAAUGUGUCCAGUGAAGUAAAUUGUCCAAUUUGUAAUAAAACACAGCGUUAUCGAGUAUUAUGCAACGUUAUGCCAGCACAUGCAAAAGAGCUUUUAAAUCCUGAACCAUGGCGUGAACCCAAUGAACGCAUCUUGAAUUUUCAGACAAAACAGCGAGAAAGUUUUAAAAUAGGGAUGUUUCGUAAGCGAACUGAAAUGGAAAAAGUUAAAAGAAAGUGUAAUGCUUUGGAGAUUAAUUCAAAGCAGAAAUACGAAAAAUACGAGCAGUUGCGAUAUGAGCGUAAACAAUUGGAAAGGGAAGUACUUAAAAUAAAGAAAUUUGAAUUGCAGCCGAAAAGUAAAUAUUUUCAAACAACAGAAGGAGACAUUUCUACCAAUGGUAUGUUCAAUCUUAAUACCUUUACCGGAGUUAAGCGAGCAAACACUAAUACGCACCCCCGUAUAAGUGGUCAUAAUAUAUCACAUACAGCGCUAAAUAAAUCAUUUUCAUUAACUAUAUUUUAAAAAAGUUCCUAUGAAAUGUUAUUAAAAAUCUGGAAUAUUACGACUUAGAUUUUAGGAGCAGCAACUAAAUAGCAAGUCCAUUUCCGAAGUGAAUCGAAGAGGUGUCAUCUUAUUGGCAUUAUUGGACUUUAACUACGGAGGACUUAUUCCACAUUACAAUCAAUACAUUUGAGUUCUUAAACUUAUAUACGUAUAUAUUAGUAAAAUUACGUUUUAGAGACUGUAAGAGAUAUAAAUAUAAAAUGAGAUAUAAGUGUAAAAUAAAGAUUUUUAUAGUGACGUAA